AUGGCCGCUGGUGGAUUACAGAUGCUAGGCAUAGCUCUGGGUAUCCUUGGAUGGAUUGGAGCCAUUGUAGUGUGCGCCCUUCCCAUGUGGAGGGUCACUGCCUUCAUUGGGAGCACCAUUGUGACGGCACAGACCACCUGGGAGGGGAUCUGGAUGAGCUGUGUGAUUCAGAGUACAGGACAAAUGCAAUGCAAGGUCUAUGAGUCCAUGUUGGCUCUGAGUUCAGAUCUCCAGGCGGCACGAGCCCUCACUGUUGUCUCUAUUGUGGUGGGAAUCGUGGCCAUCUUGCUAUCUGUGGCUGGCGGGAAGUGCACCAAUUGCGUGGAGGAUGAGACAACAAAGGCCAAAGUGGGCAUAACAGCAGGUGUGAUCUUCAUUGUGGCUGGGGUCCUGUGCCUAAUCCCUGUGUGCUGGACAGCUCACACCAUCAUCCGUGAUUUCUACAACCCCCUGGUGCCCCAGGGGCAGAAGAAGGAACUGGGGGCUGCACUCUAUAUUGGUUGGGGAGCUUCUGCCUUGAUGAUCAUCGGAGGAGGUUUGCUCUGCAGCUCCUGUCCACCCAAAGAGGAAUCAUCGUAUACAGCCAAGUACACAACCACCCCUCGAUCAGAGGCCUCUGCACCACCAUCUAACAAGGACUAUGUGUAA